UAUCAUUGUGUCAGAGAAAAAAACUAUGUGCUGAUUUGAUUUUGUUGCCGGACUCUGGUUCUUCACCACAUCAAAAAUGGAAUCUCAAUCAAAUUUUGCAGAGAAGCAAUAGAAAAAAUGAAAACUUUGGAUCUGAUUUCUGAUGGGUAUCACUAAAGAAUUUUUAUAGGAAGUGUUAACUUGGAAGUGACAAUGGCAACAGAAGAAACCAAAUACCCGAAUAGAUAACCCACAGAAUUAUGGAGUUUUUGGCUUUUGGGUUCAUCCUUAAAAGAGGCUAAUGUCUAAAAAUGACCUCGACAUGGUGAUGGACACGUGUCCACCCUCCUCGAUCCUCAAAACCCUCGCGAACCUCCAUAAAUCUUGUCUUUUCUUCCUUCUUGAGCUCUUUAUUUCACUUCCUUCGCCUCCAUUUCCGCUCUCAAACUUCCACUCUGCUUUCUGGGUUUUUCUCUUUUCCAAUUAAGGAGUUUUUCUGUAUUUGGGUUUGUGAUAUUUUGUUGUCGAAAUCACCUGAUUUCAUUGUUUCUCUCCUUUGCUUUGUUGGGAUUGUAACUUGUGAGAAGAAACCCCAUGAUCGUAUUGGAUUUCAUGGUGAGAUAAGUCCAAUCUCAGAAUCUAUUACCAAAGGAAAACAUUAUUACUCCAAUUAUUGCUGUUAUCGUGUCUUGCAGUUCAGUUUCUGAUCUCCCCUCUUCGUUUCUACGACACUUCUCAUUUGGGUUUUUUCUAGAUUUCAUUUUUGAAGUGUUUUUGUUUUUGUUUUCAUGAGUUAGUUCUGUUAGGCGAGGUAGGAACUGUUAUUACAUAGUUUGGAGAAGGAAAGCGGGUGUCUGGUUUCCGGGGUGGUUUGUGAUUCAGUUUUAGAACUGGCUAAGAUGAGCCUGGAUGCAGCUGAGGAUGAAUCAACCUCUGAAAUUCAUAUUCCAGCAGAGAUUGAUUGGGAUAUGUUAGACAAAUCCAAAUUCUUUUUUCUGGGUGCUGCUUUAUUUUCAGGUGUAUCAACAGCCCUUUAUCCUAUUGUUGUUUUGAAAACUCGACUUCAGGUUUCAUCUACCAAGGUAUCAUGCUUUAAAAUGUCAUAUUCUAUCAUGCGUCAUGAAGGCUUAAGAGGGUUUUACAGAGGGUUUGGAACCUCUUUAAUGGGAACUAUCCCAGCUCGGGCCUUUUACAUGGGGGCUCUUGAAAUUACCAAGAGUGGCGUUGGAAGUGCAACGAUUAAGCUAGGCUUUUCAGACACCACAGCCAUGGCUAUAGCUAAUGCUGCUGCAGGGUUGAGCUCAGCCAUGGCUGCUCAAUUGGUUUGGACUCCAAUAGAUGUUGUAAGCCAAAGACUAAUGGUUCAGGGCUGCAAUAUCAGUGCUAAAAACAACGUUUCUAAUCGUAAUUCUUGUGUCUAUAGAAAUGGUAUCGACGCAUUUAGAAAAAUCAUAAAUGCUGAUGGUUUGCGAGGAUUAUAUAGGGGAUUUGGGAUUUCUAUAUUGACAUAUGCUCCAUCAAAUGCAGUUUGGUGGACUUCUUACUCUGUAGCUCACCGACUCAUUUGGAGUGGUCUGGGAUACUAUGCAAGUAAGAAGGAUGAAGGUUGUAUUAAUGGUGGCUAUGGGUUUAAAACAGAUUCUAAGGCAACAGUGGCAGUUCAAGGGUUGAGUGCAGCCUUGGCUAGUGGAGUUUCUGCUAUCAUAACAAUGCCACUUGAUACCAUCAAGACUAGAUUACAAGUUUUGGAUGGAGAAGAAAAUGGCCAAAGACGCCCUCUAACGGCAUUGCAGACCAUACGGAACUUGAUGAAGGAAGGUGGACUGAAUGCUUGUUAUAGAGGGCUUGGACCAAGGUGGGCUUCAAUGGCGAUGUCGGCAACCACCAUGAUCACAACCUACGAGUUUCUUAAACGGCUGUCUACUAAGAACCAAGAUUGUUUGAGCAGAGGAUGAUGACAGAUAUACAAAAGGAAACAAUGCAAGUUACAUGAUUGCCAUUUUCUGACCAUAGACUACAAUGGUUUGGAUAUUUUCCUUGAGGCAGAUAAUAAACUUUCAAAAUAUUGGCUUGUUAUUCACAUUGACUUUGGGCGAGGAACUCUUUGACAACCAUCUCCUCGUGCUCAUGGCCUACCCCACUGUUACGUUUACAUUGGUAGGCGUCAUUCACUCUAAGAUCGGUUCCUGGAGUAAUAAUGAUUAGAAGUCAUUAAAAUUUCUCUCUGAAGAUCAAGAGGAACUUAAAUUUUCAAGCAUUACAAGCCCUUGCAUUUUGGUCACCCCUAGGUGAUGUAGAAUUAGCAGAAUCCGGGGAACAUAACGAAAAACUAAGGUCUGUGCUCUGCUUUGAUGAUUUAGUCUACCCAGUAAGCGAUAAUGAAGUGUUUCAAUUGAAUCCUCUCUAAGCAAGCAACGAAGGGUCAGCCUAAAAGUAAUUAAGGCCACCAGUUUUAUCCAAUUCAGAAACGCCAAGAUCCUUCAGUUUUAAGGGUGUGCUAACUUUAGUUUUGCAAAGAUACAAUUACUGUGAAGUGGAUGUAACAACAGACAGGAAAUAAAACUUAAAAAGGAAGUGUUGGAGGCCUACACACAGCUCUCAACAGGAUUGUGUAAAGUAGUCUCAUUUGGAGGAGUCUAGUAACAAGCCUAUUCUAUAUGUUACAAGCUGGUGCCUUUAUGAGACGUGAAUGCCCUGCUGUUUUUGUUGGAGAAAGGCAACGAUCUUAGUUUCUUGGUCUCUUUAUGCUUCAGUUUGACUUUGUCGAAAUCAGCCUGAUGUUUUUUUGAAACAAGAGUGCUUCUUAUCUCGGCUUGGUCGCAGCAGUGAAUUAGCCCAGUAGAGCUUACAUUUGAUGGGAUUACGCUCUUUCCUUCUAAUCGGGAAAUCAACAGGAGAUAGUUGGUUGACUUUGCCUCUUCCAAGAGGCUGCCAAGCCCACAUCGGUCAGCCGCAGAACCUUUUGUCACCGAACUGACACAGAUGAAACCCUGCAUCGAAACACCAUCCAUCAGAUCUCAAGUUUUUCUUGAGGACUCUUCGGAUUUCUUCAAUAAUACAAGCUUUCUCUUCUUAAAUUUAAUGUCUUGGAUUGAAAAAGUUAAUUAUGCCUUGCUUUUAUAGUGAUGUUUAUGGUUCCUAUUUCUUGUUUCUCAUUUGGUGUUCUCAAUAAAAUGUGAUUGUUUCAGUAUUAUUACUGUUUUUAGUUUCUCAUUUCUUCAUAGAACUGAACUAUGAAGCAAAGGAGUUGAAACCAAAAACAAAAAUGCUACAAAUUGGGUCGAUAGUUACCUCUUCAGUUCUUUGUAUAUCCAUCCCGAAACGAACAUCCCCCGGUGCAGGAAUCAUUUCAAGUCCAACUUCUGAUACGCCAGGCAGAAACCAUAGCCUUAUUCCAUGCACAACCCGCAGGUUUGGAGUGUUGUUUUGUUGCUUGCUCCACCAUGAUUCUUUUCCUGUGUUCCUAUUUUUCUUCUGCAUGUGAAAAAAAUGUAUAACAAAACUAACAAGUGAGAUUCGACAUCUGGUUUGGAUAUGGGAUGUGAAGGAGCAACUGGAAUUAAGGUCUACAAAGAUCAAACCGAUAUGCUUAUUACUUGAGUUACAUUAACUAUCUGUUCCGAUUGAAUAUUGACAAACACCAGAGGUGCUCCUGAAGAAACUGCAGCACAAAACCAGGCCAUACACCGGCUAGUCGUGGCCUCCAGGGAGUGCUCGCCUUUCAAUGGCAUGAACAGGAUGGAGCUUAUGAUUGACGAACGAUGAUCAGGAAGAUUCUGGUCGAGUUUCUUGCUCCAUUCAUACUUCACACCUCUUCUGUUAAAUUCUCCACCAUUCAGUUCAGAGCACUGGUCUAGGGUGAGAUCCCCUAGUACUGCAACAUGUCGAUCAUCAGUUGCCGCUCGAAUGGUGAAUUUUCUUUGCAAAAUUGAUGCCUUCUCUUGAAUGAUGCGUGCUCGAAGCUUAAGUGUGGCAUCUCCACGCUUCACCUUCAACCACACAACUUCGAACUGCUGGUUGAUCCUGCCCAGCUGCGAACUAAGAUCAGCCUUGGCCUUGGCCGAAACAAACAGCUCAUCAUUAUCGCCUUCUGCAACCCCUUCAAUUACAUCUCCAGGUAACGGCAUCGUCUCGUCCCAAUCCUCCAUGGCUUCUUGCUUCACUUUUUUAACACAAACAACCGUUUGAAGAUUACUCAUCUUUUAGGAUUUUGAAAGAUCAGUGUGAAUUUGAUAUUGACUGCAUAUUGUUGAGCUUAAAUUCAAGAAAAUGGUGGUGGCAUCGGAUCUGAAUAUUUCUUGAAUAUGUUUCGAACAUCUCAAGGGUGUGGGAUUUUAGGACUUUACGCCUAGGAAUUUGGCUAUUUUCAAUUACUUUAUUACUACUUAGGAUCUGUAUCAAUUUAUAAUUGGAUUUGGUUUGUAGUUAAUCACAGAUUCCAACAUACUAAAAUAAUAUGCUUAAUCGACUAAACCAAGGAUCUUACUCUAUGUUAAAUAUAUAUAAGCAUAAUUGUGUA